AUGGAAACAGCGAGUUUUGUGAUCGCCAAUCAGUUGACGCCGUUUCGCGGGCUCUGCCAGUCGACUUACCAGCAGCGAUUAAAUGGACCCAUCCAGACGGAAAUGUACGAAGAGGAGAAAGGAGAAGAAAUGUUGGCCUCCGCCAUGGUCAGCUCGACAGUUGGUCCCAGCAACUCAGAGUUGGCAGUAUACUGGGGAGCCGUGCAGGAUGACAUCAAAAGUGUCGAACUGGUCUUCGAGGAAAUUGAUCGGAUACGCCGAAGUGGCUGGAAUAUAGAUGUGGAAUACAUUAUUCCAGGCAAACUUACGCACACUUGGUCUUUUGUCCUGGUCUUUUAG